AUGGGGUUAGUAUUAUUCGAAACCAGCGAAUCCGUGAUAGAAUUGCUGUGGGACAUUGCCCUAGCAUUCUUCAUCCUACGGAUAGCAUUCAUCUAUUUCCUCCUCACCUUUACCAGCGGCGCCCUCCUUACCUAUUUCUUCGCCGACCGCUUCCUCCCCGCGACCCUCUUCUACAUCUCGAUGGAACAGUCGGAGCUUCUCGUCCUGGGCCUACACCUCCUACUCAUGACCGUCUGGGUGCGGUUCUGCAUUGUUUACUUCGAAGUCCCGCGUGUGAAGGGGUUCAGGCUGGCCAUCGGGCUUGUCGCGGGUGUCUUCAUGUUCCUUGCGGAAACCCUUCUGGGCUUCGCGCUCUACAAGUAUGGCCACGGAGGAUGGAUCUUGGAGUCGGAGUCGGAGGCUAGGUGGGCUUGGGCCACGUCACUGGCCGUUUUCUCAUUGCUACCGGUGAUGAUGACGGCAGUGGAAAGGGUGCCGACAGAUGAAUGCGAUAAGUGCCACGCCGCGACGUCUCACGGACACGAGAAGAAGAGUGUGACGGCUGCAGUUGGCACGGUCGGAAAAGGCGAAAGCGCCAGCGAAGACGACGGAGAAGACGGCAGUGACGGCGAAGAACUGAAGGAGACUUGGUUGAAAGCUUGA